AUGUCUGCCACACUCGCCGACUACAAACUCUUCGCCCCGAUCGAAGUAUCCCCCGGUCUCACCUUGACAAACCGGCUCGUCGUUGGACCCUGCACACGUGCUCGCUCCGACAUCGAAACGCGAGUGCCAACAGUUGAGAACGCCAAGUACUAUGCGCAGCGUGCAUCCGGCGGCCUCAUCAUCUCCGAAGGUUGUGCCGUGUCUGAACAGGGCUACGGAUGGUACGGAGCACCCGCACUCUACACGGACGCGCAGCAGGAGGGUUGGCGCCGCGUCGUCGAUGCUGUGCACGCCAAAGGCGGCAAGAUGUUUCUGCAGCUGUGGCACAUGGGACGACAGUCGCAUCCGUCGUUUCAACCGGACAAUGAAGUUGCCUCGUGCUCGUCGUCGUGCCAUGCCGAAGGUCGCACACACGACGCACAAGGGAACCCCACAAGCUUCCCCACCACCCGAGCGAUGACGCUGGACGAGGUGCAGCAGGUCGUCGAGGACUUUCGCAAGUGUGCCGAGCGUGCCAAGAGCGCCGGAUUCGAUGGCGUCGAGUUCCACGGAGCGGGUGGGUACCUCAUUGACGAGUUCUUGCAGUCCAGCACCAACCACCGCACAGACCAGUACGGAGGAUCAGUCGAGAACCGCUUCCGGUUCCUGCGCGAACUCAUCGCCGCGGUUACUACUGUGUACCCGGCGGACCGCAUAGGAGUCCGACUCGCACCGAACGGCGCGUUCGGAGGCAUGGGCAGCGAGGACAACUACGAGAUGUUCUCGUACGCCAUCUCGGAACUCGGCAAAAUGGGUCUCUGUUAUUUGGCCACGCACGACGGCGUUGGUUUCGGCCGCUCCGACAAGAGCCGCGUCUUCACGUUGUUCGAGCUGAAGACGCUUUUCAAGGGUCACGUCAUGGCCACGUGUAGCUACACCCGUGACCAGGCAGAGGGCGUGCUGCACGCUGGAGCGGCCGAUCUCGUGGGCUUCAGUCGCGCCUUCCUCGUGAAUCCGGACCUGCCUGCCCGCUUCCGCAACGACUGGCCGCUGGCUGAACCGCUGGCAUACGAGUUCUACUGGGACGCGAAGAAGGGUCUUGAGGGCUACAACUCAUUCCUGCCGUAUGAGCCGGUGCCGGUGGAGUCCGGGGAAGAGAAGGAGCUGUAA